ACGAACCUAAAUGGAGAAGAUAAGUUAUUUAUUACACAAAACGAUCUUAUAUAAAGGAUUCUCAUGUUGAACUAUAUCAUAACAAAAAGAAAAACAAAAACAAAAGGAGAUUAAAAGAGCAGCUACGGGUACGAUGAGAUCCUCAAGAAUGAUAGGGGUUGGUCAUUGCUUGGUCGUUUAUGUUGUGGUCUUUAGUGCCAUUGCUGCUAUAGUGAUAGCAUACGACUCAUCCCUUUCAACACCACAAUACACUUCCCCUUAUCCACCCAAAAAGUAUUCUCCUUACCCUUCAGAAUCACCACCACCUCCACCACCACAAUAUAGAAGACAAGAGCCUAUGUACGUGCCACAUCCAGAGUCAUAUGUCUACAGUUCUCCGUCACCUCUACCAAACAGCUUUCCUUUCCUAAACUAG